CCCCAUAACUACAAUCUUUCACCAUUCUUUCAACCUUAGCUCUUUAAAUGCUUCUCUCAUUCUUUGCUUCUUUAACACAUAUCAUUUUCUCACUCUCACGAACCACACGUAGUAAAAUAACUUAAAGCUAUGAACAAGCAAGGUUUCAAGAGACUUCAGUUUCGAAGAUGGGGAAAGCGAAUUGGAAGCUCAACGAAGGCUUCACAGAAGCUAGGAAAGUCACAUGAAAGAAGAAAGAUUGUGGCGUUUGCAUUCUCAUGUUGUGGAAAACCUCUUCGCGUUCUCGUGAAGAAGUUUGUCUGGAGGUUGAAAUCACGUUUAAGGUGGUCGCGUAAGAGUGGUAGUAACAGUAUCCAGUGUAGCUAUGAUCUCCGGAGCUAUCAUCUGAAUUUCAACGACGGUUGGUAUCAGUUGAGCUCGAGCUCUACGAAGAAGACGAUCUCGAAAUAGAAAAUGCUUUUCUCAUUAUUCCUUUUCUGUUACAAGUCACAUUAUAUAGUGACCGUUAUCCGGUUUACAUCCGGUUUAUAAACUCAAUUAAACAACUUGUAUUGAACCAAUC